UGGUUGUGAAGAAAAAUGGGACAAAGUUUAGAAGUAGUAGCUCAAAAGAGAGAAUUGGGUGAGAAAUCAAGGGAUAAACAGGAACCCAUUUUUCCAUUGAGAGUUUCAAACACAAUUCUUACUCAGUCUGCAGUUACAGUGCUUGGAUUGGGGUUCAUCGAUGCCGGGUAUAGUGGAGACUGGUCAAGGAUUGGAGUGAUUUCAAAGGAGACUGAAGAUUUGUUAAAGCUUGCAGCAUUUGUUGUAGUCCCUUUGUGCCUCUUUCUCAUAUUUUCUUUCUCUAAGAAACAUGAGGCUUGAAAUUUCGAAUAUGAUUGUACCAUUUUCUAGGCAACCACACUUUUUCUUAAAUAAAUAAAUAAAAGAAUUUUGAGGUGGUUUGCUUUUUC